ACUUUUUCUUUAUCCCUUAGCUUUCUUCUAUAUAAUCACCAUUCUUAUUAGGAAUCAAGUAUCAUCCAUGGGAGUUGAAGGUAGCAUGAAGGUUCAUCAAUUUGCACGUGGAUUCUGGGAGCAACAAAUGCACGAGCCACCCUCUCUCACUCUUGGAUAUAAGCGAUUUCGCCCACUUGCUCCAAAGCAACUCAUCACCACCACUACCACCACCACCUCCUCAUCGGAGAGUACCGUCCCAAUCUUCGACCUCAAGAGCUUCAUUAGACCCGAAAGUGUUCCCAUCAAGAUUGGAUCCUCGGAUUAUCACAAGAAAGAAUCUGCUCAGGUAGAGACGCAUCCUGGAGGGACGAGGUGGAACCCAACCCAAGAACAGAUAGGGAUUCUUGAAAUGCUUUAUAGAGGAGGAAUGCGAACUCCAAAUGCGCAACAAAUCGAGCAAAUCACGGCUCAGUUAGGGAAGUAUGGCAAGAUAGAAGGGAAAAACGUGUUUUACUGGUUCCAGAACCACAAAGCUAGAGAGAGACAGAAGCAAAAGCGCAAUAGUGUAGGUCUUAAUAGCCAUAGUCCAAGAACACCACCUUCUUCCAUACUUAACACUUCUUUAUUAUCAUCUGACUCUAAGGGGGACGUUGUGAAGGACGAAGACAGUCCAUACAAGAGAAAGUGCAGCACAUGGACAUUUGAAGAGGUAGAAGAGGACAAGAGAUACUGUACAGAAGAAGAAGAUAGGACCCUGAAACUCUUCCCUUUGCACCCGGAAGGCAGAUGAACAAUGUAAUUCCAGAAAAUGUUCGACUCUCUCUUGUGUACCACUUCGAUUUCUUGACUUGUUUUUCUUUCUUGGAUUGAAGAAAGAAAAAGAAACAAGUUAAACUUGUAUUGAUCUCUUUUCACUGUGCUGAUUUCUGAUCUGUGUUCCAUUUCUAACAUGAACCUACUAAAGUCGUCUAUCGUUUGAAAAAUGUCGAUUCUUGUUACUCUUUAUUUGAAA